GUUUGCCCACAGAUGGCGCCAGCUGGCCGGCGGAAGUUGAUGUUCGGCCAUGUUUGACUGCUUGUCGUUCUUUCUCGGGUUGUGCUAAACGUCAACAGCACACACGUUCCGAUCGCGGAGAAUAUUUUUUCGAAUUUCGUUUGAAAUACCAACCGCAAGAUGCCGCAGGAAAUCAAGGAAGUGAAAGACUUCCUCAUCAAGGCUCGCCGGAAGGAUGCCCGUGCCGUCAAGAUAAAGAAGAACGAAAACAACACCAAGUUCAAGAUCCGCUGCUCCCGGUAUCUGUACACGCUGGUCGUCCAGGACAAGGAGAAGGCCGAAAAGCUGAAGCAGUCCCUGCCACCGGGUCUGCAGGUUAAGGAAGUCAAGUAGAGAGCUCCGUUUGUUCCAUGGAUGUCUGUCUUGUCGGGAGGAAAUUCGGGCGCCGGCGGAAUCUGAUUGAAUUUUGAAUGGAAGUGCUGAAUCCGCUACGUAUUUCAAUUAAUUCCAAAUAAAAGUUAAUCAGGAACACGUCACCUGGAAGGAAA